GGGUAGGAGGUGGGGGUGGGUGCGCGCUAAAGUUCUGGGUUCAUACGGAGGAAAGUUGGGUGUCGCUAUAUCCAUCCAUUCAGCGGGAGAGUCGCGGGAGAGGACCGAGUGUUUCCGGGUCGCUCGGCGACCUUGGCCCCGUGAGCGGGCAGUGCAGCCUGCGAUGAUGCCCGCGGGAGUCGGCUGCGGGCCGGGCGGGAGCGUCCGGGGAGCCCGGGCAGGCGGGAGAGCGCGGGGGGCCGCCGAGAUACACCGGAGACCCGGGGGCCUGGGGGCCGCGCGAGGGCCUGAGGAUCAUGGGUAGCCAGCCUGAGGCAGCUCCCGGAGGCCUCGCUGGUUCCUUGGUUCUUGACCGUGGGAAUCUGGACAAAGUGCUUUAGCUAAUCAAACCCAGGGACGUAGCUGAGAAACCUUGCUCUCCCAACAUCUAGCGUGCGUGUGAGAGACCUUGCUGUGUGAUAAAUCGUGUUGCCUGCAGAUGCUGAGCGGUGUCGGUUUCCAGCUGUAGUGGACGGAUGAGGCGUUUUCAGACGCAACAUUUGCACGUUUAAGCUUGUGCACCCUGAAUCAGCUUCUCAGCCGGGUGCUUUGUGAACCCCCAUGACGCACAGCCCUGCUUUCCUUCGAGCCCAUUCGGGGACUGCUUUCUUUUAAACUUCGCCUAAGUUCUGUCCUUCUCCAAAAUCUUGUCUAAUCUUGUUCCUCCUCUGCUAGUUAGUAACCUAACUUCGUCGUGGACAGGUAUGCCUUUGGUGGUCUUUGUUAACUAGGCUUUAUCAGUCGUUAUAAACACCUUUACUGAAGUCGAGGGACUUGUAAUGUAAAAUGUGUGUAUAUAUUUUUCAAAAAGGUAAACACUGAAUUAUACAGUGUUACUUGUACUUUAUGUUUUGAACCCUUAACCUCACCUCCCAACAGAACAAAACCAGAUUUUAUUUGGAUUCCUUACACUGUGGUUAUGGCUGCAGUCAGGCUUUAUUUUUAAGUUAAAAGAAUAUUUUUUUUUUUCACCCGUUGAACAUUAAAACUUAUCCCACCAGAGGUCCCUGUACCAAUCAUGACUUACUUGGUGUCAGGUACAGCAUUGUAAACAAAACAGUUCUCCAUUCCCACCCACUCAGCUGCCUGUUGGUUACAUGCAAGUUCUUUAUUAACUUCCUCUGCUUCGGUUUUUAAAGAUACGAACAAUAGUUUUAAUCUUUUAGUCCCCAGGGUGAUCAUAUUAUCAAAAUGAGGGAAAGGAAUUUUGGAGGGAAGGGACACCUGGUAAAGAGAUUAAUCGGAUAAUCCCACAAAGUAGGGUAGUUAAUUACCCCGUCUCAGGCAUUAUAAAAAGGAGUCAAAAGGAAAUGGUGCAAACGCAUGACCGUGAGCAGAGAGCUGGGACUGUAGAGUAUCACAGAGCUUACCAUCUCUGCACAGAUGUUAGAGAACAAACAGUAUGACACAGCAUACAUUGACGAUAUCAAAAUCCUAAGAUUAAAAACGACUGGUUUCUCCUGUUGUUGGGGUUCUAGGGAGGCAGAGUAAUAACUUGAGUUUAUGUUUCAUACACUCAGUAAGAGUCAUAUGUUAUUUUCUUGACUUAUAUAGCCCCUUUCCCUUGUUUAGCUUUUACAUUAGAGAAAGAGAAUGAAGACUCAAACCCUUUUUGAUUGGCUUUUAUUUUAAUUGAAGCGAAUCAAGAUCUGAAGUCUAGGUUGCCACUUACUGGAUGGUGGUGAUCAGUUUUCCUAAUGUGGUACAGGGGCCUCUUGUAUACAAGUCAUUGGAGUUGCAUGCACAUAGGCACCUUACUGGGAUGCUAACCCUCAACUUGCUGAAUCAGAAAGCUGGGAACUCGGGAACUGCAGGGUGAGGCCCAGGAAUGUGCAUUUUUAAGAAGCCUUGUGGGUGAUGUACUUAGUUUGAAAGUACUGUUAGAAUAGCACUUCCCCAGAACAAGUUGAUUUGUUGCUCAACUUUGAAAUGCUUGGGCUGUGGCACCUAGUUCACUAUAUGCUGUAUAAAUAAAUGAAAACCUCCAGCUAUGAAACAUGUACAACCACUUACAGAAUAGCCUUACUUUUGUAGGGUACUUACAAAGGGCUUUCACAUAUGCUGCCCAUUUAGAUCAUCUUAAUAUUUUUUUGGUUAAAAAGAAAGGAUUUACCCUCUCUCUCAACGUUCUAUAUUCUUAGGUAAUUAAAAAUCUUAGUUCCAUAAAUUGUUAGUUCUUUUUACAGUGCUUUUUUCAGUUUUAUCUCCUGCCCGUGCUUUAUCCAAUGGUAUCUUUGGUUCAUUGUGCCCCUUAGGGGUGGAGAUUGAAAACUAGGAAUGUGGGACAUCUAAUACAAAUAAGUAUACAGUAUACAUCAUUCAAACUGGGAAUGAAUUAUUUUUAUGGAAGUGGUAUUAAGUUUGUAUGUGUUCACUCAGGUUUACAUGUUGUUAUUGUUAAACUUAGGAUGGCCCGCACUAUGGAACCACUGGCAAAGAAGAUCUUUAAAGGAGUUUUAGUAGUUGAACUUGUGGGCGUUUUUGGAGCGUAUUUUUUGUUUAAUAAGAUGAACACAAGCCAAGAUUUCAGGCAAACAAUGAGCAAAAAAUUCCCCUUCAUCUUGGAAGUUUAUUACAAAUCUAUUGAACAGUCUGGAAUGUAUGGAGUCAGAGAGCAAGAUCAAGAAAAAUGGCUGAAUAGCAAAAAUUAAGAGACAACUCCAUCAACUCCAGAAGAUCCUGGUGCCCAUCUGCAGUCAUGUGCCCUCUUCCCAAGAAGGCUUUUGCCUUUUCUGGUUAUUUCAUGUAAGUGGGAUCACUAUGUGGUAUUCUCUAUUUGGCUACUUUCACUUAGCGUAGUAUUUCUGAAGCUCAUCCAUGUUAUAACAUGUAACAGAUCAGUACUUAAUACCAUUUUAUUGCUGAAUAAUAUUCCAUUAUCUAUUCUUUAGUCAACAGACAUUUAAACUGUUCCCACUUUUUGGCAGUUAAUAAUAAUGGUGCUACUAACAAUCAUGUGAAGUCUGUGCAUUGAUACCAAAGCCACUUUUGAUAAAAUAGCUUCUACAGCAUUUCAUCUCAAAUUUUGUGUAUCCUUAAAUGGGAUACUGUUAUUGAGUAUUUUCUCUUUAGCUAAAAUUCCCAUUUGUGUAUAGCACCUGGAAACGCGUUUUUGGUUUUCACUCACCUUAUAUGUAUAUAUCUAUAACUUCAACUGGUGAGCCCUGUUACUGCCCUCUUAAAGUUGCCUUAAGGUUUGUUUAUCCUUAAGGAUAUCCAACAUUUGCAAAUAUAGGGUGAAUACCACCCACCUCUCCCUCUGCAAUUUAUCAAUGUUUGAAAUUCCUUUGCCUUCUUUUGUUUUAAUCAAUUAUGUCAGGUAUCUUUUAAUUCAAAACUAUUGUCAGCUGAGAUCUAACAUCUUUCAGGCUCUGGUCUUCAGAAAUAAUAGUAAGGUCACUGAGAGAGCAUCUUUUCAUGAAAGUCUCAGUAGGACUUAAGAUAAAGCAACAUUUUUAAGUUUACUUAUUUGAGAGAGCACAUGGGGGAGGGGUGGAGAGAGAGAGAGAGAUCCCAAGCAUGCUCUGUACUCAGUGCAGAGCCUGACAUGGAGCUUGAACUCAGGAAUGCUGUGAGAUGAUGACCUAAGCCAAAACAGUUGCAUGCUUAGCCGACUGAGCCACCCAGGUGCCGUUUUCGUAAUUUUAAGUAAUCUGUACACCCAACAUGGGGCUUAAAUUUAGAACUCCAAGUUGCAUGCUCUGCUGACUGAGACAGCCAGGAGCCCCAACGUUUCUUUUUGGAGAUGAUUUUGGGGAAAGCUGUCUUAUAUUUGAGCACAGGCUAGUAUUAAAUUGUGACCUUAUACCACUCAGCGAUGACAAAAUCUGAAAGAUAAUGUUAUCAUUUACAUAUCAGGUAAGUCAAUCUAAUUAAGAGGACUAUGGUUGUCAGUACUUGAAAGGGCUUAUAAAAGUUUUGCAGGUAUAAAUGUCUGAGAGACUACUACCAAAAUAUAGUUAUUAUUUUUGAUACUUAUUAGCAAAAAUAUUUAAUGUCCAAAAUAUUUUAACAUUUCAUUUUAAAAGAAAUGUUGUCAAGCAUUUUAAUUAUUUUUAACUUUGCAAAUCUAUUUUUAUUCAUUAUCAGUAUUUAUUAGUCAGCAGAAACGAGACAUUAGAAGCAAAGCAUAGAAAAAAAGUAAGCCUAUGAAUUUAUCACAGAUUUCAGGAAUAAAAUAUAAUGCUUUCUACAUUACAAAAAAAUUUUUAAUGUUUAUUUAGUUUUGAGAGAGAGAGAGUGAGAGCGCACAAGCAGGGGAGGGGCAGAGAGGAGACACAGAAUGUGAAAUGGGCUCCAGGCUCUGAGCUGUCAGCACAGAGCCUGAUGUGGGGCUUGAACACACAAACUGUGAGAUCAUGACCUGAGCUGAAGUCAGAUGCUUAACCCACUGAGCCACCCAGGAGCCCCUUGCUUUCUAUAUGUUUAUUAAAAAGUUAAACUUGUCACCUGAUACAGUACCUUUUUCUCUUACUACCACUUUACAAGUGUUAACAUUAAAAGGCAUAAUCUGUUAUGAUAUACUUUAUAGAUGAUCGAGAGAUUUAAAUAAGAAAAAAGUUAUGAAGAAAAAACUGAAGGCAUAUGUGGCAAACAACUUUCACAUAUUAAAAAUAGAGAAAACUGUUAUUAUCCAUUAUAAAAACAAAAACUACAUUGUACUAACCAAUUAAGAAGUUUCCCAAAAUAAUAAUGAGUGGUAACUUUCCCAUAACCACUGUUUAGGUUUAAAAGAGAGUAAAUGCAUUCCUUACC